AUGGGCAGCUGGUGCCAUGCCCUAGCUGUCCCUUCAUUCUGGACUCUACUGAGUGGACUUGUUGUAUUUCUGUCCGUUUACUAUGUGGGUUGGAUCAUUCACACUCUCUGCUUCCACCCUCUGAGUGGUUACCCUGGGCCCAAGCUGGCUGCCAUCACUCCUUUGGUUCAUCUCAUUUGGGAUAUCCAGGGUAAACAACAUUCUACAAUAAAACGUCUCCACGACAAGUACGGAGACGUCGUCCGCAUUUCUCCGAAUGCUCUCGUUUACCGUGCCGCAACGGCAUGGAAGGAUAUCUACGGUCACCGCAAGAAGGGACAGAAGGUCUUCGUCAAGGAUCCAGCCUUGUAUGCACCCACUCCCAACGGUGUGAACGCUAUCAUCACAGCCAAUGAGGACGAUCACUCCCGGAUGCGCCGUUUGCUGACCCACGCCUUUUCCAACAAAGCUCUCCGUGAGCAGGAAGAGAUCCUCCAGAUGUACGCUAGCAUGUUCAUUGAAAGACUCAAGGGUCUCAUGGGCAGUGCCGUGUCUCAAAACAUUGACAUCACUUGUUGGUUCAACUUCACCACCUUCGACCUUAUUGGCGACCUCGCUUUUGGAGAACCCUUCGGCUGCUUAUCGACUAGCAAAUACCACUGGUGGGUUCGAAUUAUUCUGGAUGCCGUUAAGGCAAGUGCCUAUCUCAAGAUAUUUUGGUUCUACCCUUUCCUCCUGCCCUUGGUCCGCGUCCUGGUCCCCAAACAUCUUCUUCAGAAACGUCAAGCUAGCUUCGACCUGAGCGUUGAGAAGGUUCGUCGUCGCCUUGCCCUGGACACUACUCGCCCUGAUUUCACUUCAUACAUCCUGAAGCAUGCCAAGGAUGGGAGAGGCAUGUCCCCCGAGGAGAUGGAUGCAAACUCGGCCGUGUUCGUCUUGGCUGGCAGUGAGACUACCGCUGCCCUCCUCUCUGGCGUGACUUACUACCUUCUACGCUGCCGUAACAAGUACGAGCGCUUGAUCAGGGAAAUUCGUGGCGCCUUUGCCAAGGACACUGACAUUAAGCUAUCCACCCUCGUCGACCUUCCUUAUCUGAACGCUGUCUUGACUGAGGCCAUGCGUGUGUAUCCGCCGAUUCCUUCCAUGCUUCCGCGCAUUGUUCCCGAAGGCGGAGCAAUGGUCAAUAACAAAUACGUCCCUGCAAAGGUCUCCGUCUCCGUCUCACUGUACUCCACCUUCCACGCCGCCUCGCACUUCAAGAACCCCGAGGCAUUCGUCCCAGAACGCUGGUUGAACGAGUCUGACGAGUACAGCAAUGACAAGAAGGAGGCCUUCCAGCCCUACUCCUACGGUCCACGCAACUGUCUCGGUCAACACCUUGCGAACGCCGAGAUGCGUCUCCUGCUUGCUAAGCUCUUGUGGAACUUCGACCUGGAACUGCUCCCCGAGUCUCUGAACUGGGCUGAUCAGAAGUCCUUCUCGCUCUGGAGCCGUCCUGAAUUGAUGGUGAAGCUCUUCCGGGCCGGUACUGGCUCUGCACUGUAG